CGAGGCGGGCGGAAGGCGGAAGUGAAGGCUUGCCGAGAGGGAGCGAGGGGGCAGCCAGAUGGAGGAAGAGGAGUGGCGGCAGUACCCCCCUUCUCGUUGCUAGGUAAUAGGGCCAGGAAAGGGGGAUGGCGAUGGCUAUAACAUAAUCUUCAUCAAAGCCACAAUAAUUCCAGAACACAAGCACCAUGGAACACCUCAGGUCUGGGACUGGAGCUUUGUGUAAACCCCAGCCAGAUUUUCCUGAUUUGGGCAAGACUGUUUUGAGCCCUUGCAGCCUUUGUGAUGCAGGAUGCAGGAAGCAAAAUGUUAACUGUUGGCCAGAGUUCCCCAAAGUAUUGCAGUUGCAAAGCCUCUCCUGGCCAAGAAAAGCUAUUGAGUCUUCGGAAGGCUGAGAUUUUUAGUUGUGAAAAAGGUGCUAUGGAGACAAAAAUGCUUUGGAAUGGCAGUUGUGAUCGCGAUAAUGGCAGCUUGCACUUUACUGAUUAUAAAACUCCCAGUAAUGAAACUGGUUCUUGUAACUGUCAGAGAGAGGUCUCUGAUCUCUCUGCAGCUUAUUCAGAGGAAGAGAAUGACUUAUGUGGCUUUAGUUGCCAGCAAUGGCCUUCAGGAUUCAAGGAGAAGGACACAUCUACGCUGCUGUUAGGCCAAGAAGUAGACAUUGAAGAUGGCCUGGCUACAAAAGCCAAGGAAGAAUUCCCUGAUUGCACUCGGGCUCCUGGUGGAAGAAAAGUUGCCCGGCAACAAAGACAACGCUCUGCUCCUAAAGACAAAGGAGAAGGUCAUUUUGUACCCUCUGUGGGGAAACACAGACAGACUAGGAAGAGAAGUGAUGGUGGGCGUCAUCAUGUCCAAACUGAGUUGCUGAAGCAUCUGGAAGGUUUGGCUUCGUUCUGUGUUUCCUGCUUCAGACUGUUUAUCAGCGUAAUUGUACAGGUCACCCUCCGGUGUGGCGAGGGUGUGGAAGCUGGUGGGAAGCUCUUGUACUCUUGCUGCUCCUUCAGCCUGCAUGAUUUAAACACCAUUCAAACUGACAUGCAGACUUGGAUACAGCGUGGAAGGAUAGGGUGCAGAAAAUUGACACGACAGCUAGCCUUAUGGUUGUCACUAACUUACCGCCUGCUUAAGAUGCUCUGUGCUAUUCUCUUCCUAGUGCUUAUGCUUCUCCUGGGUAGUAUAAGACUCUGCUGGAAGGUUUCCAAAUCAGUCCUACUCAAUAUUCUGAGUAGAAUGACUCAUACUAGUCAUGGAGCCUGGCUUCUCUCAGCUAUUGAUUUCCCUCAAAUUUGGGCCUUCUUCAGAGAAUGCAGGAUUUGCAAAUGGAUGGCAAGUUUACUGCUUAAGUGGCAUGCUCUCCUUUGGAUGCCCAAAGGAUUAAGGACCACCCAGUCAGGGAGCACUGCUGAUAAUGAAUCUCCGGGUGGAUCUGGGCCAUUCCAGCCUGGUGAAGAGGUGACUCGUUUGCUGGCUAUGGCACAUACCCCUGAAGAAGAACUCAAUCCUUUUCAGGUGUUGGGCUUAGAAGCAACAGCUUCAGAUGUCGAAUUGAAGAGAGCCUAUCGGCACUUGGCAGUACUGGUUCACCCAGACAAGAAUGAGCAUCCACAAGCAGAGGAGGCAUUCAAGGUACUGCGGGCAGCUUGGGAUAUUGUCAGCAAUCCAGAAAAGAGGAAGGAGUAUGAAAUAAAGCGCAUGGCAGAAACAGAGCUGACUAAGUCAAUGAAUGAGUUCCUUUCCAAGCUUCAGGAUGACCUGAAGGAAGUCAUGAACACAAUGAAGUGUAACAAGUGCCAAGGGAAGCACAAGAGGUUUGAGAUGGAUCGUGACCCCUUAUAUGCACGCUACUGUGCAGAAUGUAACAAACUUCAUGCAGCUGAGGAAGGUGACUUCUGGGCGGAAUCCAGCAUGCUAGGAUUGAAGAUCACGUACUUUGCCAUGAUGGAUGGAAAGGUUUAUGACAUCACAGAAUGGGCUGGCUGCCAGCGAGUGGGAAUCUCUCCAGAUACGCACCGAGUUCCAUAUCACAUUUCUUUUGGAUCAAGAGGUUCUGGAGGACGCCAGAGAGCUGCUUCAGACAGUAGCCCUGCUUCUGCUGCAGAACUACAGGACUUCUUCAACCGUAUCUUCCAAGGGAAUCCUGGGCAGAUGCCAAACGGGAACUUUUUCAGCACAUCCCAGCCACCAGCCACUGGGAAUGUGCCGACACCUCCUGCCUCUUCUUCAAAAGUAGACAGUACCUUCCAGAAGGGCGAUUCAAAGCAGAAACGGCGGAAAAAAGUGCGACGCCCUUUUCAGCGCUAAGGACCUGACUGGGAGUGAAAUCUCCCUGGCUUUUCAUCAGGUAGCAAAAGGGCUGUUUUAAAAAGGAAGAAGUAUUCUUGUUAAGAGACAAACCUCCAGGCUCCUCUGGACUCAUUUAUAACCCUGUAACUUCUAGGUGGAAAAAAAUAUUCUCCACUGCAAUUGUUAAUAUGGAUCCUGUGAUACCAAAGAACUCCUUUGGAUGUUUUCCUGACAGCACUGCAAUGAAAAUAUGGUAUGGACAGGUGUGGGGUGUGGAUGAUAUUGAGCCUUUAAAUGUCCAAUAACAUGCUUUUAUAAUCGUCUAGUGCUCCUUCUUGAGCCGGACUAUGGCUGCCAUCAAUUACUUUAGUUGAUUAUUACCCUUGUCCACAAAGAUGUUUGGCCUGGAAUCUCUUUUGUUUCAUCCCAAGGCUUUGAAGAAAAAUAAAAUGUAAGAGGAUGACUUAGUGCCCAGGGAAGACUUGGUUUGCCUGUGAUAACUUUUAAAAUGGGCAGGAAAGGAGAUCCUGUUUGGCAACGGUCUUCUUAUCCCAUCCUGGGUGUUCUGCCACCUAGAUUAAAUGAUGAGAGGAGAUCUGCUCCCCACAUGGAAUUUAUUUGUGAAAAAUUUAGUUCAUUGCCUUCCAUGCAAAGGAAUUCGUCUGGACUGUACUUUUAGUAAAGAUAGGGGGAAAUGUAGAUGCACCCUAGUUAUUGUUACUUACUUACUACUCAGGAUUAUGCCAAGUAAGCUUUUCCUUCUUCAUGGAGACCCAAAUGUUGCCCAAUUCCAUUGCAAGACUACUGAGCGGAGGUGUUUUGCACCACCACAUGAUUAAAGAGCAAAUGGCCACUCCUGACUCUGGAUGUAAAGUGACUAUUUAAGAGAUCGAUGUUACUGAUGUUCUAAGGUGCUUGUUUGUUCUUCCUGGAUCCUAGCAAGUACAUACUGUUUGUCUAUGCUGGCCUAUGACUGUGGUCAAGUCAAUUAAGAAAUGGAUGUGUUAGGUGACAAUUUUAGCAUGGAUGGCUAGCUCUAUAAUUGUUCAACCUCUUUUAUAGAAGGUUACUUUUUUAAAAGUUCAAAUUUGUAUGUACAUACAUAUAUUUAAUACAAUAUGUAUUAUCCUUUCUAUAAAUAUGUAUCAAUGCCUUGGA